CAGCUAUUCAUUCGAGUAUCUGAGUACGUGAAGAUCAGUUCGGUGUGCUUUAGUAAAUUUAUAUAUUGCGGAUAAAACGGCACAACAACAACAACGAGUGUUCUAAGACGUGAGGGUGUAGUAAGACGUGUGCGAUAAGAAGCUAAAAGUUUAAAUAUAAAAACGAAUUUGCGAAGCACGAACAUACGAAGGGUGCUUUGUUCGAUUAGUGACAGUGUUAUUAAUACAUACAUACAUAUCUAUAAACAUAUACAUACUCGUAUGUACAUAUAUUUGUGCAGUUGCCAAAGCAGCUGACGUGCAAAAGUCAAAAAGAAAAAAGUAUUAGUCAUAAAUAAAUAAAGCAACAAGAAUUGCUAAAGUUUAAAGUGUUCGAUAAGCUCAACACCGAGGCAAACACGAAAGUCAAAGGAAGCGGGCAACCAGCUAAGCAGCAGCGUAUAAAAUUUAUUGAAAAGCAUAUAACUCAAGCCGUUGAAGGAGCAUUGUCACAAGCCGGUGCAAUAUACAUAUCUUCCGACAACACUACACAAAACAACAACAACGCCAAAGAAAACAAGUGAAAACCAAGCACCAACUGCAGCAUCAGCAUCAGCACCAACAACAACAAAAUAAUGGCGAGAAGUUUACGUCCCCUUAAAAUCACGAUUGUUGGCGAUGGUAUGGUGGGCAAGACCUGCCUACUCAUCACAUACACACAAAACGAAUUCCCCGAAGAAUACAUACCCACAGUGUUCGAUAACCAUGCCUGCAACAUUACGGUCGAUGGCAAUGAAUACAGUCUGACACUCUGGGAUACAGCCGGGCAAGAGGACUACGAGCGCCUACGUCCGUUGAGUUAUCCGAAUACGAGUUGCUUCCUGCUUUGCUAUUCGAUAAGCAGUCGAACAUCUUUUGAGAAUAUCAAAAGCAAGUGGUGGCCGGAGAUACGGCAUUUCUCCAAUAAUGUUCCCGUUGUGCUGAUCGGCACCAAGUUGGAUUUGCGAGUACCCAAUUCGGAGAAAUUCGUGACGACAAGCGAGGGACGUCGUUUGCGCAAGGAAAUUCAUGCGCACACGCUGGUAGAAUGUUCGGCCAAAAAGAAGAUCAAUCUAAAUCAAGUCUUCGAAGAGGCAGUCAGAUCUGUGGAGAAGAAACCAAGUGCUAAACCGAAGCAAUGCACAUUGUUAUAGGUUAUGUUGGAAUGACAUUGUGAAUGACCAAGUGAUAGAUGGCGUAGAAAUUGUAAACCCAAUAGCAGCAACAAAAAUUAGAAAAAAAACGUUUAUAAAUUAGAAAAACUCAAUUCAAGUCUAAUAAUAUACUAUUUAUUCCUGAUACUUCUUUUUUGUACGCCUUAAAGUCGACUGCUUUUUGGUGCAGCAAAGAAAUUAUUUGGUAAUCAGCGUUGAAGUUGUUGGAAUACAGUCGAUUUUGACAGGUUGAUCUAGAUAGUUGGGCGGGUAGAGAGAACUUUGAGUUCUUUCGCUUUGUUUUAUUAUUGUAUUCUUUUUAUUAAAUAUUGUAAUGUUGUAAAAAAAGAAAAUAAACUAUUUUUACAUUUAGUAAUUAAGUGCAAAAUAUUGUAUACACCAAUAUACAAACAUAUAUAUGUAUUUAUUAAUAAAAAAUAAAAUAUUUAUCACUGUAACAGUUAGACGAACUGGCUGGACAGUUGGAUAAUAUAAACAAAAAAUCACCAGUUAGAUGAUAAAUGUUGUAAAGAAAAUAUAUAAAAAAAAGUAUAAAAUAAUAGUAAAUGUCAAUAAUUUAAAUAAAAACUAUCCUGAAUAUUUUACAACUCAUAUUUCAAUGAGUUUUACAUGAUAAUACUUUAAUUUAUCGAAAUGUAACAAGAUGAGCGAGUAUUGGCCAUAAUCAUAUCUAUAUAUUUUAAUAUGUAUGUAUGUGAUUUAAAAUGAUAUCACUACAAUGAUUAAACGAGUAUAAUAAUGUACCUAAAAUAAAUGUAUAAUACAAAAUAUAUUUAGUUAUUAAAUUUAUUUCCAACAUUUUUGAGAUGCAAUAAACAAUUUUUAAACUAGUCAUUAAUAUAGUGAAUUUUUAUUAAAAGCGACUAGAUUAAUUUACAUUAGUUUUCAACAUACAUAUGUGCUAUGGUAUGUAUGUAAGUACAUAUGUAUGUAUACAUAUAACCAUAAACGUUUGCCUAGUAUUCAAUUCGAUUAUAUUUUCGGCAAGUUGAAAUAGCCUGGAGGGAGUUAGUAUCAAAAUUUGUAUUCUUGCAUAUUGCAAUUUCAUAAUUUGAAAAUCACUGAAGUGUUUAAACUAAACACGUACACUUGCAAAUAUUUAAAUUCCAGACAUUCCAGAUAAUUUAAAAAUUAUUUUCUGCCAAACGCGCUUACCAUGCAAGAAACAGACAAAGGUUGCAGAAUUUUUACAUUCAUUUGGUCACAGUGAAUUUCUUCUUUUUUCAAAUUUUUGCAAAGUGAUUGUACUUUCCGUAGAAGUCCAAUUUGAUCCUUUUAGUGGAGGAUGUGAGUACUAUGGUAAAGAUUUGAGAUUUCCGGCUUGUUGUGUUGAGUUUCUCAGCCGGAGCACUUUUUACCAUACAUAUAGUAAAACCAACUGUUAGCAAAUAUAUAAAAAGCUUCACAUUAUUUGCAAUUAAAGUUAAUAAUUUUUGACACAAUUAUUUCGAAACCAUUUGACUUACACUAGUUUCCGGGGUUGUUAAACGAGUCUCGAACGAGUAUCUCGCUUUCGCUACCGCCGUUUAUCAACACUACUACAAACAGCUGAGCGCAGCUGUCAAACUUAGCCAAGCAGUGAUGUGUCAGUGGACGUGGUUUUUUAAUUAUAAUUUAUAAUUUACACAAAACAUUUAUAACAUUGUAUUCAAGCCUUACCAACCCACCACAACAUGGAUAUAACGCAAAAAUUCAAAGCCGGUGUAAUGACAGUGAAAUUACAGCGCAAAGGUGAACUGCCACCACAAUCAGUGGACAAACAACGCAUUCUAUCCAAGAGCGGCGCUGUUGUUGGAACUGGUCAACGCGAUGAUUUCACCAGACAAGCAAAGGAUGUGUGUCACAAAAUUACAACAUUGCGUAAUGUGUUGGUGGAGAAUCGUGCAGCGUAUAUGCGUAUAGGUCAACACCUGAAGAGUGCUACCCAUAUGAGCGAUGAACAGCGCGAUCUAAUUGACCGAGAAUCAGAAAAAUUCGUAGCAUAUUAUACGCAACAUUUGGCACAAAUGCGCGCCGAUUGGAAACGUGCGAAAAGAAAAGCACAACAGCAACAACAUAUUGAAGCAGUAAUCGAUUUGUUAGAACGCUAUCUACACAGCGUACAACAAAUCUUUUUGGAACAAAAACGUUAUCGUGUGCAAUAUGAAUUGGAUACCUAUAAACUUUUAAAAUUAGCACCUGAUAAGAAGAAGAUACCAAUGCGACCAGCUGCUGAGCAUAGUGGAAGGCGUUUAAUACGACAGUCAACAAGCAGCAGCAACGACGCGGAUGAUGUAGUCGAUGAAUUACGACCACGCAGUGAUUUGGGUGAAGAUGUGUCAGAUUUACAAGGCGAUUGGGCAGAUGACGAUGACUUAAACGCUAAUAGUUAUAAAAACGAACUAAACAACGCGGCUGAUGCUAGUAAAAACGGAUAUAUUAGUAGCGAUGAAAAUUUAAACACGAAUGGUCCACAACUACGACACCGUCAUCCGCACAGCAAAACUGAAGAUAAUAUUGGUAGCGGUGGUGAACUUAAGUUAACUCAAUCUACACAAAAGGUGGCCGUAGACGAGGAUUUGCAAAAGUCACAGCAAUUGGAAGAUGAGGCGGAAGCAGCUAAAACACUUUCACCUGAAGAUGUGCAAAUGUUCGAACAGGAGAAUAUGCAACUCUACCAUGAAUUGCAAGGUGUGGCUGAAGAAGUGGAGCAAAUUGAGAAAAAUGUAGUGGACAUAGCGCAAUUACAAGACAUUUUUACUGAGAAGGUUUCCCUACAGCAACACAAUAUUGAGCGUAUCGCAAACGCUGUUAUUGGAGCAACGGAAAAUGUCAAAGAUGCGAAUGAGCAGAUCAAACAAGCUAUACAACGCAAUGCUGGCCUACGUGUGUGGUCACUGUUUUUCUUAUUAGUAAUGUCAUUUGCUUUACUCUUCCUCGAUUGGUACUACGACUGAAAUUAUGUUAUGAAAGUAGUGUGAAUUUAAAGCGUCGUACUAGUAUAUAAUAAGCCAACAUUAUAUUAUAUUACCUUAAUAUUUGUUGUGAAAUUUGAAAUAUUUUUAAUUCAUAGAAACUUAUGUUUUUAAACGGCAUACGUCUGUUAAAAAUACUAAGCUAUUUAACUUGAAAUAUUUUGUAAUUAUUUAUAACAGUCGUACGCAGUCACUUUAACAUGCAUUUUUACAUAUAAUAUGUAAUUAAUACUUUUUUUGUACCGAAAUUAGCUUAAGUACAUACUUACACAUAUAUAUAUGAAAUAUUAAAACAAUAAUUAUGGGGCAACGUUACAAUAAUAAAAAUGGCUUGCUGUAAGCAUUUAGGUAGAAAAAUAUAUGUGAGAAAUAUAA